UUCCUAGACGGCUUAAGAAUUCAACAUAUGGCUCUCAUUCACAUAUUACUACACGUAUCAUAUAUACAUUUGUUAUUUCUCCAAUAUCAUAAGCUCCGCGAUAUUUUAUCGUUGGGAUCGAAUGCGCAAGUAUGUUAGUGAGGGUAAUUUGGGACAACAAGAGAGAUAAAAAAUUACCUGCGUCACUAUGCAACUUCAUUAGUAUAUGAUAUAAGAGUUAAUGAAUGAGACAAUGGCAUAUUCCAAUCAAAAUCACGAGGCAACUAAAGGUAUAACAGCAAAACAAAAUGGACAAUAUGAAAUUCCAAAUGAGAAAACUGUAACCAAGACUGGCUUAGAUAUAUUGUAUACAUCACGAAUAGAUCGUGGUAUAACCGAUGAAGAUGUGGAGAAGAAGAUAUCAUCACUGAAACAUCUCCUGGAGAAAGACCCAAAGGCUGCUGAUUUAAAGUGGUCUCUUUUUGUUGCGGCAUCCAACACUUAUCGUUACGAUAGUUGCUUAAAACCAUUUCCACCUAUGUACAUUAAGAAUGAAUGCAAGGAUAUUGAAGCAUUGAGGAGAGCUAUAGAAUCAGUUCCUCCCUUGCCCGUGAUAUGUAAAGAACUUAGUGAGAAUAGCGUCUAUGAGAAUUAUGGUGAGACAAUAGAGUUACUGUAUUGGGUAUUAUUACGAUUGAGAGACCCAUACGUCAAGAGCGUGGAAAGAGAAUGUUAUAAUUCCAUACUGAGGAAAGUGCCAUUAGAGGUACCAGUUGCAGCUCCGAAUCUUAUAUUUCAAGUAACAAGCGCGAAACAAUCUGCAGCUGAAGAGAAAUGGAAGUCAAGCGCUAAAGGGAAUUCGACAUUUUAUGCGUACCACGGCAGUCGCUUAGAAAACUUUCAUUCUAUUGUGCAUUACGGUUUACAACAAAACAUGUGCAAAAGAUCACAAUUUGGUAAAGGAAUAUAUCUUUCAAGCGAAUUAGGAGUGAGUUUACCAUAUAGUCCUGUGGGUUACGGAUGGGGAGGUAGUCUUCUUGGGAGCGAGAUAAGUUGCAUAGCUCUCUGUGAACUUAUUAAUCAUCCUAACAUAAAGCGAGGAGAUUCAAAACAUGACGCACAAAAUACAUUGAAUGAUUCGAUCGCUGGACGAAUACCGAACAAAUACUUCGUAGUAACGAAUAGUGAUUUAGUAAGGAUACGCUACUUACUCGUCUAUACUCAAGAUCUCCAUACAACUAGUACUACUGAUAGUACGGGAUUAUUGGCAUGGUUCAAACAACACAAAUUAUUGACAUUUGUGCUCGGCUACGUCGUGUUAUUAGCCUCAGUUGGACUAACACAGAACAAACAAGUAGAAAAAUAUUAUAGACUAUUUAUUCAGAAAGCAGGAUUCGAAUAAAAGAAGACUGCAAAUUUAUAUGAUUUGACAUUGCGAUAAGUUGAAGUCUCAAUAUAACAAAGAAAGACUACAAAUGCUGUAUUUUCGUAAAAUAGAGCUUUAUGUGCCAAGAUAUCGAGAUAUCGCAAAUGUUACAAGUAUUUUAAGAAAAUACACAGAAAAAAGUUUCAAUCAAAAAA